AUGAAGACGUCCACGGCUCCAGGACCAGAUCAUCUUUCCGUCGAACUUCUGCGAGCCGAAGGACAUCGUCUACACGAGCUGCAUGGACCACAUCCAGACGGUUUCCAGAGUAAUAGAAGUCUGCCGGAAGUACCGACUGCCUCUCGUCCUAACCUUCGUCGAUUACGAGAGCGUCGAAACCAACGCCAUCCUGUCAGCGCUAGUCGAUCAAGGAGUGGACCCAGCCUACGUGAGGACAUUAACCAACUGCUACAAGGACUGUACAACAACGAUGCAGCUAUUACAUCGCCCCCUGACCAUUCCAAUCGAAAAGGGGUUCGACAAGGUGAUACUACUUUGACGAAGCUGUUCACCGCGGCCUUACAAUGGGUGAUGAACUGGACUGGGACGAGAGAGGCAUACGAGUUGAUGGGAGAUUCCUGUCCAACUUUCGUUUUGCGGAUGACAUCGUUCUCUUCUCGAACAGUAUCACUGAAGCAGAAACGAUGCUGA